CCCAGCAAGCCGGCCUGGUUUUGCAUCUGGGUGUCUCACCUUGGUUCGGCUCGCGCCAGCGGUGCACUUGGGAGCUAUGAUCUGACGGACGUUCCUGGCAUCGGGGGAAGCUUGGCUUAGGUUGCUGGAGGCAUGCUAAACCUCCUACAGGCCCGUCGCCGUAGUCGAGAAUGCCAGAGCUCGUUUCUCACCCCGUGGUCAAUGGGUUGUGGUUCGAGAGCCACCGAAUUGAGGGCUUGCGAGUGUCUUGCCUAGGUCAUUCAUUGCUUGAGCCUCCAGGAUACCUACCUAGGUACUCUGCCGACUCAGGCACACCACCCCUUGAUUGCUCAAUCUGCCACAGUCACCGUCUGCCGAUCGUCUGUUUUGCUUAUACACUCUCUCGUCUAGGUUCGUGACUGGGCUCUUGGACGGUCAUCAGGAUAAGCAACGCAAACUGAGCAUGUACUCGGUGGCAAAGACUAUUGGCUUGCCGGCGACCUUUGUCGAGCUGCGGCACCAGGCGACGCACGAGACGCUGCCGUCUCUCGCGAAGCUGCGUUCCGCCGCGCGCAAAGCGCUGGUGUGGAUCUGGGAGUAUUACUGGCAGCACCUGGGGCCCGAUGAGGCCGUCAGCCAGGCUCCCGAGAGUAGAGCAGCAGGCGGCGGGGUCCCCAUCGCCGCUGCUGUCUCUGCAGCUCCUGUGCGCCGCGAAGUCGUGGUCGCCUUUCUUGAGGAGCAGGAUGCCGGGAGGAGGGCCGAGAUGAGGAAAUGGAUUGACGGGCUGGACGAGAGUCGGCUAUUGGCGACGCUGGAUAAGAUUGUCGAGGCGCCGCCGAAUGAGGCCGUCAUGCUUGCGGCUCAGCAGUUAUUAGAGGACAUUCUGCGAAAGGGACGAGGAGACGGGCAGGGUGAGAUGGAGGAGGAUGAUGCUCCUGAGAGCGCUGGCACUGGAUGGGCCAAGUUUGAGGGGACUUGGAAGCCGCGUCCUAUUGGCGUAGCGUAAAUCGUCGAGCGCGGCUGAGGGUGUCGUCUUUGGAUAUUAAUACGUUAAACAACCACCACACAUCCCAUCGAUGAAGAAAUGCUCGCGUCUAGUAUGGACAUUAGAGUGAAG